UGGAGACUGAGAAACUUAGAGACAGUAAGCACUGUACAAUGGAGGUCAUUGAAGUGGUGUUUGGUGUCUCAUUUUCCACUCUAUUUCUUUAUUUAUCUCUCCUCCUGGUCUUUGCUUUAAUUUUUAGUCUGGUCAUGAUUCGAAUCACUACAUUAGACAAAGUUCCAGAAAUUAAACGCUUUGAAAGUGAGAAAAGCUACAAAGAUCCCAACAAAAAUAACGCCACGUAUUUUUUUCCAUUCAUGGAGGAGGAAGGAUCGGUUGACUUAUCCAUUGUGGUUCCGGCCUACAACGAAGAAGAAAGAAUGCCCAUCAUGCUUGAUGAGACCCUUGACUACGUUAAGUCUAAAAAGCGAUCCAACCCUUCUUUUACCUAUGAAAUUAUCAUAGUUGAUGAUGGAAGUAAGGACAGGACAACACAGGUUGGUCUUCAGUAUGUUAAAAAGUAUGGAAUUGGUCACAUUAGGGUCUUGACUCUAGCAAAAAAUAAAGGGAAAGGUGGAGCAGUGAGACUGGGUGUCCUCAGCAGCAGAGGCCGAAAAAUCUUAAUGGUGGAUGCUGAUGGAGCCACUAAAUUUGCAGACUUAGACAAACUUGAUAAAGCUUUAACUGAUAUUCAGAAAACAAAGAACACAAAAUUGGUUAUUAUAGCUGGUUCAAGAGCACAUUUACAAGAAGAAGCAGUUGCUCAUAGAUCAUUUUUUAGGAAUUUUUUGAUGUAUGGGUUUCACUUCUUGGUAUGGUUUCUAUGUGUCAAGGGAGUCAAAGACACACAGUGCGGUUUCAAAUUAUUCACAAGAAAAGCAGCAUUUUUAACCUUCACAGCUUUGCAUGUGGAGAGAUGGGCAUUUGAUGUAGAGCUUCUUUAUAUUGCUCAGCGGUUAAAUAUCCAUAUAGCAGAAGUUGGAGUAAAUUGGCAGGAAAUAGAUGGUUCAAAGAUGAUCCCUGUGUGGAGUUGGCUUCAAAUGGGACGAGAUUUGUUACUGAUACGAUUGCGUUAUUUGCUUGGCGCUUGGAAAAUCGAACCUGUAAACUUAAAAUCACAAUAGAAUUAAAAUUCAACUCGAUAGUAAAGAUUGUAAUGGAAUCCGACCAACAUGAAAACAGUUUUCAUCAAAACAAGGUCCUGUUCGCUAGAAUUAUUCAGUUCUAGGUAUAAUAGAUGGUUUUCACCUACUAUUUUGUUGGGACCUACCAGCAAACGAACUCCUUAAAAUUAGUACAUUUGGAAAGUCAUUCCUUUUUUGAAAACUAUUGAAGAAUUCUAAGCAUGCUAGAAUUCUAUAGCUCCCCAAACGAUAAUUUUAAACAAGGCAUCGUCACUCGCAAAAGUCUUAUCUCAUUCGAGUUACGUUGGCUAAUCAAGGAUUUCUAUUGCAAUUCUAGCUAUCCAGAUACUGAUAGACUUAUGUUCAAAUUAUACUUUUUAACUUAAUUAUUACACAUUCCAAUAUUAUUUUGAAUUAAUAAUUAAAUCAGAAAGAUAUACACUGUUCAAA